AUGGUAGGCACCUCGCGGUCAUCGAUCAAAGACUCGGUGCGAUCACAUCAAGCACACGCGAAAAAGUCUAUCUUAUUGGAAUCUCAACAGCUUCGCGAUGAAGAGAAUGGUAAUGACUGCAGCAACAAUAACGAUCGCGACCAAGACGACGACGAAGACGAAGACGAGCUACAGGUCACGCAGAAUCCCACCAACGGAAGGACAGUUAACACAAAAAAACCACGAAAAAUGCUAGCAACCAGCAAGAGCCUUCCCAAUUUAAUGGCGCAUACGAUAAAUUCUACUACUUCCUCAAUUAAAAGACCUCGAAUCUCAUCCUCUACAUCCCCUUCGCCGCCGCCCUCUCAUCCUCCCUUGUCGCAUGCUCCACGUUCUACUCCCCGACGACCUCCGAAACGCGCUCCAUUGACUAAGCGUCACCCAUUGGAUUCGCAACAAACUACGUUGGACAAGUUCUUUGGUGGAAAUACGAUCAAGGAUAACAAUACUCGUGCAGAGACCGAGACUCAACGGCCGACGAAAAAGGCACGUCUUGACCGCGAUGGAGAUGCCGCUAUCGGAGCUCAUGUCACUACGUCUUCCUCAACAGCAACAACAAAUCAACAAUAUCCUGACAACCGUGAAUCCCCCGAUCCAUUAAACGUCAUCUCCUCUCCUCCUAAUGGCGAUCGAGUACGUACGCGACAGAGAUCGAAUACCUUAGCGACAUCCACAACGACGGCUGGGAACUCCACAAUACCUACAGAGACCACUACUAGCCGGUCCUUGCGGCACAAGGCGCAUCCAGUUAUUAUUGCUGAUGAUGCCACCACAACGAAGGCUAAAAACGACGCAGGUGUGGACGCCAAAAGCAAGCCUACGAAUAGCACAACCCAAGCCCCAGAAAAGAGAUCGCUGCGAUCACAUGAUGGGGGCUCCCGCUCGAGAAGUGAACUCGCGCUUUAUUUCCCAAAUUAUGAGCAGAUUAUCAGUCUGGAGCCGGUGAAGACAGAGUUCCUAGCUCCGGAGACAAAUGUGACUAUACUCGACGACCUGACGGAGUCCCCUCUUCCAUUGCCAACUCUCCAGUCGGGAUCUCCAUCGCGAACGAGGAAGCAGCGCAAAUCCAUCGAGCAAAUUUCGCCAUUUGGGAAUCCUCUUAUUAAUCUACACGGAGUUGAGAAGGUUGAACUGCCAAAGGUAGAGGAUAGUGACAGCGUGGUUACCGAUCCUCUAAGUGAUGAUGUCUAUUUUAAAGCCCAUCGCCGACACGAGAGGCAAGAAAAGCAACUACGCAAUAUUGAGAAAGAGCGAGCUCAGCAUGAAAAGAUACAGCUUGAUCGUCUGCUAGACGAACUUCAAGGUCAUGACUGGCUUCGGGUCAUGGGUAUUAGCGGCAUUACCGACACGGAAAAGAAGCUGUACGAACCGAAACGCGAUUACUUUGUGAAAGAAGUCUCCGCCUUGAUAAACAAGUUCCAUAUGUGGAAAGAGGAGGAGAAACGACGGAAGCAUGAACGUGAACAGACGCUUCUCGAAGCCGCUAAUGCUGCCGCCGAGAAAGAAGCAGAGCAGGCCGAUGACGAGGACUUGUUUGAAAGUGAGGAAGUGGACGAAAAGCCAUCCUCAGAUAUUGAUUCGAGCGAUCUAGACGCUGCAGCUGCUCAACAGCUUUUACAAGAAGCACAGUCCGCAACUGCGACCGUCACCGUUACAGGGGCAACAACAUCAUCCCCAUCCACGCCAGCACACCCUCAACCCCGUCGCAGACUUGUAGAUGAAUUAACGAGCACGCCACCCAAAUCUCGAUCCCAGCACCACCGAACGAACUCCAAACAGUCCGUCCAAGCUACAACAAAUCAAGCCUCACCAACUAGUCCUCAGACCCAUCACCAUGAGAUUGAAGAAUACGACGAAAACAAACCCUUCACAUCCUUCUAUCGAAAACGGCAUCUCCGCGACGCUGCAUUCUCAAGUAGUCGCCGAGGCGGCCGCAAUAGAUCCGCCUUCGGACAGCCAAUACCAGAGAUCAUAGAAGAGCGAGAAUUCGAGCUUCCGCCGGAUAUCCUGACAUCAGAUAUUGUCUUGUCCUUGGAGAGGAAGAGGAGACGAUUGAAGAGGGAGAGUCGGGGUUAA